UACACAAAUAAUAUUACUACUAACUUUUUCAUCAUCUUCUUCACAAUUGUUUUUUUUUUCUUAAUUGUUUCUUUGUAUUUCGAAGCACUGAAAAUGAGGAAAUUAAAAAACGGAUUUUCUGUACCAUAUGACCUGCAUGCUUAGUUUUGGACUGAAAAGUUUUUUUUGGCUUACUUGUUGGUUUUGUUUUUGGCUUAAAAUGGAUCUCAUGAAAUAUUUUUGACACCAUUUUUGUGCUGAUAAAUAAACAACAGGUCAAGCUCCAGUGAAGAAAAGAGCAAAAGCAAACCCUAGCUGACAAAUAUUCUGGAGCCUCUUUUUUCCACAUAAGAGAAUUAUUAUAAACAUAUAUAAAUUUUUGGAAGAAAGUGAAAGCGAGAAUGUAUGGGGAUUGCCAAGUAAUGUCAACCAUGGGAGGGAACGUUCCUUCUGAUACACUGUUUUCGUCUCCGAUCCAAAACCCUAACUUCAACUUCAUGUCUACCAUGCCUUUCCAAUCCUUCUCAGCUUCCAUCAUUCCUAAGGAAGAAAACGGGCUUCUGAAAGGAAAGGAAGAGAUCAUGGAGAGUGGUUCCGGAAGUGAACAGCUUGAAGAAAAGUCUGGAAACGAACAAGAAAGUGAACAACAACCUCCUAAGAAGAAACGCUAUCACCGCCACACUGCUCGCCAGAUCCAAGAAAUGGAAUCAUUGUUUAAGGAAUGUCCACACCCAGAUGACAAGCAAAGGCUGAAACUGAGUCAAGAACUGGGUCUCAAACCAAGGCAGGUCAAGUUCUGGUUCCAAAACCGACGAACCCAGAUGAAGGCACAACAAGAUCGGUCCGAUAAUGUGAUACUUAGAGCAGAAAACGAGAGCUUGAAAAAUGAGAACUACAGGUUACAAGCGGCACUUCGUAAUGUUAUAUGCCCUAACUGUGGAGGUCCUGCCAUGGUGGGAGACAUUGGCUUGGACGAACAACAACUUAGACUUGAGAAUGCUCGACUUAGAGAAGAGUUAGACCAAGUUUGUUGUCUCACUUCGCGGUACACUGGCCGGGCAAUCCAACCAAUGACACCAGCAGCAGCUCCACCUCUCAUGCCUCCAUCCUUGGAUUUGGACAUGGACAUCUAUUCCAGGCACUUCUCGGACCCAAUGGGAUCUUGUUCCGACAUGGUUCCUGUCCCUAUGUUGCCACCAGAGGCUAAUUCCCACUUCCCUGAGACUACUGGCCAACUAAUGGAAGAAGAAAAAUCACUUGCACUUGAUCUUGCUAUGUCAUCCAUGGAUGAACUCAUUAAGAUGUGCCAAUCUUCUCAACCUCUUUGGAUUCGGAACAACGAAAAUGGCAGAGAAGUUCUUAACCUUGAAGAGCAUGCUAGGAUGUUUCCAUGGCCUUUGAACCUUAAGCAGCAUUCCAGUGAGUUUAGGACUGAAGCCUCUCGUGAUAGUGCCGUUGUUAUAAUGAAUAGCAUCACUCUUGUGGAUGCUUUCCUUGAUGCUAAUAAAUGGAUGGACUUGUUUCCUUCAAUUGUAUGUAGAGCUAAGACUGUUCAAGUUAUCUCAUCUGAUGCUUCUGGUCAAGCAAAUGGUUCACUUCAGCUGAUGUGUGCAGAACUGCAAGUGGUUUCUCCUCUGGUGCCAACUAGAGAGGCUCAUUUCCUUAGAUACUGCCAACAAAAUGCAGAGGAGGGAAGUUGGGCAAUCGUUGAUUUCCCAAUUGAUAGCUUCCAUGAAAGCAAUAUUCAGCCUAGUUCAUUUCCCAGAUAUAGGAGACGACCCUCUGGCUGUGUUAUCCAAGAUAUGCCCAAUGGAUACUCAAGGGUUACAUGGGUUGAACAUGGGGAGAUAGAGGAGAAGCCAAUCCAUCAAACAUUUAGUCAUUUGGUCUAUAGUGGUAUGGCAUUUGGUGCUCACCGCUGGUUAGCAGUCUUGCAGAGGCAAUGUGAAAGAGUUGCAAGCCUCAUGGCUAGGAACAUAUCAGAUCUUGGAGUAAUACCUUCCCCAGAAGCACGGAGGAACUUGAUGAAACUGGCUCAAAGGAUGAUAAGAACGUUUUGUGUUAAUAUGAGCACCUCCAGUAGCCAAUCAUGGACUGCUCUAUCUGAUUCCCCUGAAGACACAGUUAGGAUAACCACCAGAAAAGUCACAGAGUCUGGACAGCCUAAUGGGGUCAUUCUCAGUGCUGUUUCUACUACCUGGCUGCCAUAUUCUCACUACCAGGUUUUUGACCUCUUAAGAGAUGAACGCCGCCGAUCCCAGCUGGAUGUCCUUUCAAACGGGAAUUCUUUACAUGAAGUGGCUCACAUUGCCAAUGGCUCACAUCCUGGAAAUUGCAUCUCUCUUCUUCGCAUCAAUGUGGCCAGCAACUCAUCUCAGCAUGUAGAGUUGAUGCUACAGGAGAGUUGCACUGAUCAAUCAGGCAGUCUAGUAGUUUACACCACCAUUGACGUCGAUGCCAUCCAACUUGCCAUGAGCGGCGAGGAUCCAUCCUGCAUUCCUCUCCUCCCCCUAGGCUUUGUCAUUGUCCCUGUUGAAUCAACCAGUGUCACAACGACUCCCACCACCACCGCAACCAUGGCCACCGAUGGAAGCUCCGUCCCAUCAUCGGAAGAUGCCACAGGAUCUGCCGCUACUGUCAGCUCAAGUUGUCUGCUCACCGUGGGACUCCAAGUCCUUGCAAGCACAAUCCCAUCAGCCAAGCUCAACCUGUCCAGUGUGAAUGCAAUCAACAAUCAUCUGUGCAAUACAGUGCAGCAGAUAAUCAGUGCCCUGGGUAGCACCAGCACUACUUGCACUGAUAAUGGCAGUGUUGGAGGCUCUUGCACUGACCCCAACAGUGCUCCUCCUCCUCCCAAGUAAUCGCUUGGAAUUUAUCUCCUUCGUCUCUGUGGACACCCCUAGAUAAUUAAGUUGUUCCCUUUGGCUAGACCCAAAAAUACCAAUUUAUUUCUUUAGUAUGCAUUCGAAAUUAGGGUACUCAUGCAUUUAGUUUUUUUUUUUUUGGGGGGGGGGGGGG